UUUAAUGAUGUGGAUUCGGUAACUUCCAUUAAUCCUCCUAAUGUCUCGCCUCUUUAAUCCCACUGCCAUCAAGCUUUCUUCUUCCCUUCCGAUCCUCUCUUCUUCUUAUUCCUUUUCCUCCAAAUCCCGUAUUUGUUACUCUUCCAAUUUUUCCCCUUCAUCUGCUUUUUUCAUUUCCAAGCCUCUCUGUUCAUCGCCGACUCUCUUUGUCCGCCGCACCAUGACCGACUCCGCCGCCUCCACCGCCGUCGAUGCCAGCAUGGACGCCGUCCAGAGACGCCUCAUGUUUGAAGACGAAUGUAUUUUAGUGGAUGAGAAUGAUCGAGUUGUCGGUCAUGAGAACAAAUACAACUGUCACUUAAUGGAGAAGAUUGAGUCUUUAAAUCUGCUCCAUAGAGCUUUCAGUGUAUUUUUAUUCAACUCAAAAUAUGAGUUACUCCUCCAGCAACGUUCUGCAACGAAAGUGACAUUCCCUCUUGUGUGGACAAACACUUGCUGUAGCCAUCCUCUAUACCGUGAAUCUGAGCUCAUCGAGGAGGAUGCUCUUGGGGUGAGAAACGCUGCACAAAGAAAGCUUUUGGAUGAGCUGGGCAUUGUUGCUGAAGAUGUGCCGGUUGAUCAGUUCACCCCACUCGGUCGGAUUCUCUACAAGGCACCUUCUGAUGGCAAAUGGGGCGAGCAUGAACUUGAUUACCUGCUCUUCAUUGUCCGAGACGUUAAAGUCAAUCCGAAUCCUGAUGAAGUAGCCAAUGUCAAAUAUGUAAACCGGGAACAGUUGAAGGAACUUUUGAGGAAAGCAGAUGCCAGAGAAGAAGGUUUGAAGCUCUCACCAUGGUUCAGACUUGUUGUAGACAAUUUCUUGUUCAAAUGGUGGGAUCAUCUUGAGAAGGGAACUCUCAAGGAAGUGGUUGACAUGAAAACCAUCCACAAGUUGACCUAAGAACUUGGGCCCAUGCCUAUGGUCUCAGCAUACCAGCACCUUCAUUCCAAUAAAUUUUGUCAUUACAGAGCUUCAAGUAAUUGCCAUUACCUUCUUUCUUAAAUGCAACUUUUCAAGUACUAUUUACAUGGUUACUUCAUUCUAGAGGAACCUAAAUUUUGUGUUUGGGGAAACAGACUGCAUGAUGCUUGUAUUUGCACAGAAUUUAGGGCAACAAACUAGUCGAGCCCGAAUAACAGAUUGCUUGAAGCUCGUGUUUGCGCUUAGGGUUGCAAACAAGUCGGGUUCAAGCUUGUUUUAUAA